AUGAUCACUCCAAAAUUUGAAUGUACACAAAAUGAUGAAUUCGUUACUGUUGUCAUUUACAUUCCUCAUGUCAAAAUGACUGAAAUGGAAUAUAGUAUUGAUAACACCACAGUGGAUGAUCCCAAUCAUGAUCACACCAAAUCACUCUUCCGAUUUUAUGUCAAACCAUACUUUUUACGAUUACAUUUUGCACAAGAAUUGAAUGAUACUGGAGAAUUUGAUUUGGCUAAAUAUGAUCCCGAUCAGGAACGAAUAAUUAUUCAAUUACCAAAAAAGAAUCGUGGAGAAUAUUUUGAAAAUCUCUCAAUGAUUACAUGGUUAUUAGGAGCAAAUAGAACUAUUGGAUCGGAGGAAGGGAGAGUGACAUCUUCGAGUUUGUUAUUAGGAAAUGAAAUGUCGUCACCUUCAUCAUCUUCACAACCAUCAAAAAAAGCUCCACUGAUUGAAGUUGUGGAAAGUGUUUCAAACCAAAUGCAAGAUCAUGAUGAUGAUGAAACCAAUCAUGGAAUGUUUGAUGAAAACUCUGAAGAUUGGCAACAACAGUUACCAGAUGAAAAAAGUUCAUCGGAACUCAUGAAAGAAGAAUUAGGAAUUUCUAAAAUUUAUUAUGGAUUCAACAAACAAUUUACCGAUGUUUUCACAAAAUUUUCACAAGAUUACAUUAAUGAAAUCAUUGAUGUUCCAUUGAAUCCAGAAGUCAUUUCAGCUGAGGAGAGAAGGAAAAUUAGAAUUUUGAAUGAAGUGGAAGAAUUUGAUCCUGAACAUUAUUUGGUGGAUUACAUCAAUAAGGAUAGAGAUAUCAAAAUGGUAUUUGAUUUCAAGCCACUCUUUCUUUCAGCCUCGCAACCUUUCCAAUGGUCAGAUAAGGAACAAGAAGCUCUACGAUCAUUACCAAAAAAGGAAUUUCUGAUAUCGAAUGAGAUUUCUGUUUAUUGUGGUCUUGUGGAUUUGUUGUGUUCAUUCGCUUACCAUCAUCGAAGCUUUAUGGGUGAGAGUAAUUCAGAAAGUGCGUGGACCAUCUGCAAAAUGAGUUCACAAUUGUCAUGGCUUGAAGAAUUGAAUCAUCUCAAAGAAACGCUUGAAAUAUUCAUCAGUCGAACUUGUGUCUAUGCCUUAUAUAGAAACUUUGAUCUAUGCAUUCAAUGUAUCAAAGAUAUUGCUCAAUUAUUAUCUCUAGGAAAGGAAUAUGUAUUACGAGCCUUAUUAGAAAUUAAGGAUAUUCUUGCUCACACUCAUGACAAGUAUCUAUUGAACAAGAUUUAUGUGGAUAAUUAUUGUAUUUGGAUUCAAGGAGGAGUUUUCAAUUCAUCUCUCGAACAACUUGCUCAUUCUGUGCUCAAAUUGGUCGAUGAGGAAUUUCUCAUGAAGAGACACGACUUUCUCAUUAGUGAACAUGUGUCUUUGAAAAAGUUGGAAGAUUAUGCCGAGGAAUGUAUUUCCAAUUCGAAUGGACACGUGGAAGAUUUGAUCAUGACCGAGCAAGAUAAGCAGAGACCACUUGCACUUUGA